UAUUUUUACCCGCAUAUAAUUUGAUUAACAGGGGGAAAUAGUAUCGAGCGUCAUUCAUGAAGUAAAAUUUAAAAUUUUGGGAUAACAAGAAGAAUAAUAUCGGAAAUGUUAUAGGCAGAAAGGGAAUUUCAGAAACCACAGACAACACAACACAACACAUGAUCCACAUUCACGCACCCAACUGUCCGAUAAAAAGAUGGAGACAACAGCCGUACAGGCUACAGAGGUAGCCGCCGCUGCCAAACUAUUGUCUUUUUACUGAGAGCUGAAUCCCUCCGUCUUUCUCUACACCCCUUCUGGAAUUCUAUAUGGACCACUCCGCCGAGCUUAAUCCAGAGCAGCCGCCGCCGAGGCGAUCCUCGGCUCUACGACGCAGGAACUCGAUCGCCACUCCGGUGGAGGUCCCCGCAAAGUUCUCUCUUCCAAACACCACCUCCAAGCCGCUUCACGGUUCCCACAGCUUCCCCUUCCAAAACGGCACCGCACCUUCUCUAGACUUCGAGCUCGUCUCCUCCCUCAAGUCCUCUCAGGCCUACACCUCCUUGAAAGACCUGCUUCCCUCCUCCUCCGACGCCGCCGUCGCGUCCCCCACCGCCGCUAACUCCGGGUACCAGAUAUCAAUCCGCAACCGCCUCGUGAAGCAGGCCGCAUGGGCCUACCUCCAGCCCAUGUCCUCCUCCCCAAGCUCCUCCGGCCCACACUUCCUCCGCGGCCUCUGCCUCAGACUCUCCACAAGCCUCACCGCCUGCCGCGCCUUUAUCCAAAGCCAUCUCGUUCCUGCCAUGACCGAGCUUCUCGAUCGGAUUCUCCACGCCUUUCGAAUCCGGACGAGCAGAUAGCGUCGGUCACAUUGACGGCAA